UGAAUCGCGAUCUCUCAAUUUUUCUCUCGAGCUCCCUCCUCUCCCUCCCUUUGUCAUUCUAGCUGCCUGCUGCCUCCGCAGCGUCCCUCUAGCUCUCUCUGUGCUAACUGCCUGCGCCUUAGACAGACGGGGUGCGCCCAGCGGAAGGAUUAGUUGGGACCUGCCUCGGCGACCCCAUGGCAUCCCCCAGAACCAUAACUGUCGUGGCCCUCUCAGUGGCCCUGGGACUCUUCUUUGUUUUCAUGGGAACUAUCAAGUUGACCCCCAGGCUCAGCAAGGAUGCCUACACUGAGAUGAAACGUGCUUACAAGAGCUAUGUCCGAGCCCUCCCUCUGCUGAAGAAAAUGGGGAUCAAUUCCAUUCUCCUCCGCAAAAGCAUUGGUGCUCUUGAGGUGGCCUGUGGCAUUGUCAUGACCCUUGUGCCUGGGCGUCCCAAAGAUGUGGCCAACUUCUUCCUACUCUUGCUGGUGUUGGCUGUGCUCUUCUUCCAUCAACUAGUCGGUGAUCCUCUCAAACGCUACGCCCAUGCUCUGGUGUUUGGAAUCCUGCUCACCUGCCGCCUGCUGAUUGCCCGCAAGCCUGAAGACCGGUCUUCUGAGAAGAAGCCCUUGCCACCACCAGGGCAAGCAGGGAAUGCCGGGAACACGGAGGAGCAGCCCUCUUUAUAUGAGAAGGCCCCUCAGGGCAAAAUGAAGUUGUCAUAGGAAAGCAGAAGUGCAAAAAGUGAACCUUCCAGGCAGUUGCCUCCAUGACACCCAGGAAGAUGUCAGUGUGUGUUUUUCAUUUGAUUUAUUUAUCUUGAAGGAAAGGGAAAAAAUAUAAUCUGCAAGUUAAUGGUCCUAUUGGCUUGUGUACACCUAUACCCUAAAAUGACCUCCCCACAUAGACAUAUGUGCACCACCUUUAAUCAC